CAGGCGUAAAGAUCGUUCUUUCGCCAUUGCCUAUUGAACCGUGAAGGAGUGAUUCUAAUUACGCACAGUCGUUUUUCAGUCAUUUGCUACUUCAACUGUUUAUUUCGCGACUAAAAUGGCAAAUAAGUCAAAGAAAGCUACCUCUAAGAGUAGAUACACGAAUGUAGAAAUGAUUUUGGAAGAGAUUGCCCGGGAUAGUGAGACAGAUUUGGCUGAGAUGGAAGAGGACUCCAUUAGCUCCCAUAGUUUCGAUUCUGAAGCUGAGGAAUAUUUUUUGAACGGAGAGGUUUAAUAUAAAAUAUUAUUAGUGAUUGUUUUUACAUUUUAUUUGCAAAAAUGGCUAAAGUACACGUUAGCUUGCCAUUGUGAGUGAGGGCAUGUUUUUUGGAGAACGCAGGGUCUACCCAAAUAGCCUAUUCUGAGUGGCACUGACUCCGACUGGGAGCCCCCAGUGCCAAGGUGUCCAUCCCCCUCUGAAGCUGGUUCGUCCAGCUGUACCCCUGCCGUCUCUGGCUCCACACCUCCCGGGCCAUCUAGAGGUGUGAAGAGGAAGAGGAAGAGGGGAAGUGUGCCACCCACUAACGAGAGGGACAGAAGGGCUUUGGCACACCGUCCUAGAAGAUGAUGUGGAGCCACCACAACCAACUUUUAGGCCGAAAAGGAAGCCAGGACCUCAGGUGAACCCGACCUCCACUUACACCCCCUUGCAGCUUUUCCAACUGUUUUUUACACCAUCUGUUGUAGGUUCGCUCGUGUCCAACACAAAUAAGAACGGGAAGAAGAAACAAGCAGGCAAAAAGGUAGCAUGGAAGCCCAUAUCCAUGUCAGAUCUUUUUUGCUACCUUUCACUUGUUAUCUACAUGGGGCUGGUGAAGCUGAAGAACCUGAAGGACUACUGGAAAACGUCAUCUCUGUACCAACUGCCUUUCCCCAUGACUGUUAUGUCCUGCAAGAGGUUUAUGAUUAUUUCACAGGCGCUUCACAUCAGUGACCCAAAGGUUGAUGAAGAGAAUGAGAAGAAGAGGGGCACAGCAGCGUUUGAUAGACUGUGCAAGAUCAAGCCGCUCUACCACAGCAUUGUUGAGGCCUGUAAGACGUAUUUUCAGCCAGCCCAGAAUGUGUCAAUCGAUGAGAGGAUGGUAUCCUCAAAGGCAAAAAUUGGCCUCAAACAAUACAUGAAAAACAAACCAACCAAGUGGGGUUACAAGCUGUUUGUUUUGGCUGAUUCUGUAUGUGCCUACACAUGCAAUUUCUUUGUCUACGAGGGGAAGAACAGUUGUGCUACCGGCAAGGGACUCAGCUAUGACUCUGUAAUGGCGUUAUUGGAUUUUCAACUGCUAGGGAAGGGCUACAAACUGUUUGUGGAUAACUUCUACACAAGCCCUACCCUGUUUGCAGACCUAAGAAAGCUGGAUGUAUGGGCUUGUGGCACCAUUCGUACCAACAUGGUGGGCUUUCCGAAGACGAAGGUGAACGACAUGCCUGAGCGGGGGAGCAUGCGAUGGAUCCGUGAAGAUGGCCUGCUUUUUGUAAAGUGGAUGGAUACCAGAGAGGUGGUGAUGUGCUCCACUAUCCACAAGUCCUUCAGUGGGGAUCGUGUUGUCAGGCGUGUGAAGGACGGUGCCGGGGCAUGGACCACCAAAAAUGUCCCCACUCCAGCUGCAGUGAAGGACUACAACAAGAGCAUGGGCGGAGUCGACCUUUCGGACGCGCUAAUCGGCUACUACAAUGUUCUCCACAAGACGAUGAAAUGGUACAAGACCUUCUUCUAUCAUUUCAUCGACAUCGCCGUAGUGAAUGCAUUCAUCCUACACAAGGAAAUGGCAACGAGCUGUGGAAAGCCCUUCCUCUCACAGAAAGCCUUCAGAGAGCAGCUCAUCAGGGAGCUUGCUGGCUACAGCACCACUGCACCAAGCCCUAUCCCUUCUGCUCCUGCCACAAGUGUUCAUCUGCCCAAAUAUAUUUGUGCAGGCAUGGAUGUGCCUAAGGGCCAAAAGGGCACAGCAUGGAGGUGUUGCUGUGUUGUUUGCAAGAUGAAGUCUCCCAUCACAUGCAGCACAUGCUCAGUGACCCUCUGCUUUACAUCAGAGAGAGACUAGAAAACUUGUCUAGAGUUUUGGCAAUGUUGGUGGGGUCAUAUGGCAAAGUGGGUCUGCGGUCUAGCUGAGAACACCAGUCUGCAGUCUAGCUGAGAACACCAGUCUGCAGUCUAGCUGAGAACACCAGUCUGCAGUCUAGCUGAGAACACCAGUCUGCAGUCUAGCUGAGCUAGGGUCAGUAUGUUAUAUCUGGAGUAUUUUUCCUGUCUUACCUGGUGUCUUGUGUGAAUUUAAGUCUGCUCUCUUUUUCUCCUUCCUGAGGUGCUGUCCUGUUGCACACUCUACAAAAACACUGAUCUCCACCCGGCACAGCCAGAAGAGGACUGGCCACCCCUCGUUGCCUUGUUUCUUCCUAGGUUUUUGCCUUUCUAGGUUGUUUUUCUUAGCCACCGUGCUUCUACACCUGCAUUGCUUGCUGUUUGGGGUUUUAGGCUGGGGCUAUGUAAAUAGAUUUGAUAGAGGACUGAGAGUCUGUAAAUAGUUACCCAUGUUUAUUUGUAAAUGUAUGUAUACAUUUUGUUUUUCAUAACGGUUUUUUCCCCAAAAAAAUGUCGCCCAACUUUUCCCCCCCCAAAAUUUGUUGAUUUUUGGUGGGGGGUGUGUUAGAAUACCAUUUUGGUAUUUUGUAUAUAGUUAUUGGUUUCAAAAUGUGUACUUCACCAAUUUGGCCACUUUGGUACAUUUGGGCUACUUGUGUGGGACACCUGGGUGACUUCAUAAUAAAUGUUAUGUAGCACACUCAUUUUUGAAGUUAUCAUUUUGAAAUUUUGCACGGGUACUGUUGCCCUCUUAAUUUUUGCACUAAAAUUGUCCCCAUCGUCUUAUCUGAAUUUUUGUUUUUUCUUGUUCAUUUGAAAGAUGAUUUAAAAAAUAAAUAGAAAAAACGAA